ACUUGAAGGAGGUAAUGUAUAAAGUUGGUUUGCCCAUCUCCAAGUUACAGAAAGAAGUCGAAGCUGAGGCACAGAACGACCAUCUAUAUCUACCUCUACUCUUAAUCGUUGAAAACACCCUGGCAAAGACCAAAGUAGAGCAAGAGAGUCCAGCAGCGCUGCAGCUCGCUCUUGAUAAUUUUAUAGAAGAAAACGGUCGGUUAAAUCCGGAUACAGCCAAAAGGUAUUAUACCAUCGGGAAAAUUCUACGCAAACAGAAGAAUUAUGAUGCUUCUUUGAGAUCUCAUUAUGAAGCAUUAGACAUCAGACUGAAGCUUUAUGGGAACAAUCCAGAUACGGGCAAGAGCUAUUUCCAGAUUGGAUAUGCCCAAUUUGGAAAAGGAGAUUACGAGUCAGCGUUGCAAUCGUUCGAGAAAGCAUUUGCUAUCGGACAAAAUCUUCAUGGGAAAAUCCAUCCCGAUGUUUCCUGCGCUUGUUCUAUGAUUGGAGUGACAAAGUAUCACUUGAAAGAGUACGAUUCAGCUAUGCCAAUGCUCCAGCAAGCCCUAGAUAUUAGCGUGGCACUCUAUGGAAAGGGACUCCCAGCCACCGCUACAAGGUAUUACUGGAUUGCAGAAUGCCAGUACGCAAUGCAAGAUUAUGAUUCUGCUCUGGAGUCAUGUCAACAGGCACUUGAUAUCAGGUUGAAGCUUCUUGGACAGGAGAGCGAAGAAACACGCAAAAGUUAUCGCCAAAUUGAAUUGAUACGAAGACGGUUGAAAGUUUGCGGAUCAUCUCCCGAGCUAGCAACACAAACUGGUCCUUCGAGUCAACAAAACGUAUAAAAGAACGCGAUUAAACAACAACCAAAUAACUUCAGAAUUUCUAGUAGACUAGAAUGCACACUUUAGGCUUGUUUUAUACGUCGAAUUUCGGUCGCGUCGAAUGCAAUUCAACCAAUAGAUAAUGAAGCUUAAUGAGGUUUAUCAUCUCAUUAUCUAUUGUUAAUGAAGUUUAUCAUCUCAUUAUCUAAUUGCUUUAAACGCGCCCAAAAUUCGACGUAUAAAACAGGCUUAAAUGUGAACUUUCAUAAUACACUGUUUUGUUGUUGUAUUAAUUACAAACUUAUUUCAGC